ACUGCACAGACCAAAGAUUUUGUUGGUUGUCUGUGAUGCUUCCAUGAUAGUGAAAAAUUAGUACGAUUCAGAUUACUAUAAAGAACUAACCUUACUAAUUUGUGGAGACCAAUUUUUUUACAAACCGAUGUAUUAUUAGUAUUAGUAUAUUUACUGAAUUAAAAUGGAUUGCUUUAGAAUGUAUUUAUUUUGUAUUUUUAAAUGUAUUUUGUUUUCUUUGGUUUUCGGAGAGUGGAACACAAAUGAUUACCUAAAAAGAGAACAUUCUUUAUAUAAGCCAUAUCAAGGUUCCGGAAUGGCUAUCCCUUAUUGGGAUUUCUUAGGUACAACAAUGGUAACAUCAAAUUACAUAAGAUUAACACCUGAUUCACAGAGCAUGCAAGGAGCUUUAUGGAAUUCUGUGCCAUGUCAUGUGCGCAACUGGGAAGUUCAGAUCCAGUUCAAAGUGCACGGUCGGGGCAAGGAACUUUUUGGUGAUGGUAUGGCAUUCUGGUAUGCCAAGGACCGAAUGAGGUCUGGAGCUGUGUUUGGUAAUAUGGACUUCUACCACGGACUAUCUGUCAUUAUUGACACUUACAGCAAUCACAAUGGUGAACACAAUCAUGUUCACCCAUAUAUUUCGGCUAUGGUGAACAAUGGUAGCUUGCAUUAUGAUCACGACCGGGAUGGAACUCACACACAGUUGGCAGGCUGCUCCGCUAAACUUCGAAACCUGGAGUAUGAUACACACAUCUCUAUACGAUAUGACCAUGACACUCUCACAGUGUCGACAGACCUGGAGAACAAGGCUGCAUGGAAAGAAUGUUUCUCAGUAAAAGGUGUGCGACUACCUACAGGCUACUAUCUAGGCAUCAGUGCUGCCACUGGAGAUUUGUCAGACAACCAUGACAUCUUGUCUGUUCGCUUCUACGAGUUGGACAUGCCAGGCGAUCCAAAAGAUGAAGAAGAUCGAUCACAAAUUGUUCCAUCAGCUUCGUUUUUUGAACCACCUAGAGAACAUGUUGAGGACCCUAAACCAUCAUCAUGGAGUGGAGUGAAAACUUUCUUGCUAAUGUUAUUAGGGGCAAUGGUAAUUAUUGUAAUCGUAAUUUGUGGCAUCAUGUAUUACCAGAAACACCAAGAAAAUAAACGAAAGCGGUUUUACUAGUCUCAGUGGAAAUUUUAAAACUAUCAUUGUGGUAUCAUAGGUUCAUAUAAAACUUGUUUUUCUAUGAUGAUAUUUAAUUUGAUAUUUAUUAUGCACUGGUUGUAAAAAGUAGAAUUUGACUAAACGGUUUUGCUAAAAGCUAUUUUUUAAAUAUUUACCAAGUACUAUUCUUUGACUGAUUAUUUGUAACUUCAUUAUAAAAUGCUUUAAAAGACAUUUUAUUUUUAUUAUUUUGUUAUUUGCAUUGAAAUACAAAAGGUUAUUGCCAAUUAAUUAUGUUAACAUUUUUGUAGUUUAUACCUUUACUUAAAGUAUACAAAAAGUAAAGUUUUGUAAUGGAUCUGAGUCUUUAAUACAGGAAAGAAAAUUGAGUGAUUCCAGAAUAUUUGUGUUGGUGGAGAUGAUUAAAAUGUAAAAAAUAAAUUGAAAAUUUAGACUA